AAGCGCUUCGAAUCCUUUAGCAAUUUCUUGAAAAGGCAGUAAUGGACUUAGUUUUUUCAGAACUAAAGUUUUCCCUCAUCUUUCCAAGAGAUUCAGGAUUCGAAUGCUACCCCAAAGUUUGCGUUUCAUCUUCAUUUUGAUUAAAUGCUAUAUAUAUGUAUAUAUAUAACUUCAGAGGCUUCAUGUUAUUAAAAGGAUUGUUGAAAUUUGAAGCAAAAGGAAAUAAAUAGAAAGGAUGUUGAGUUGUUUUUCGUGUUGUAUGUCCGAAGAAAGUGCUCGACAAGCGUCCUUGAAGAGUAAGAGUACUCGAAAGUACCAUGACACGAAGCCUUUGGAAUCCAUUGCCAAUAUCUCCAUGAAGACCGAAGGUAGCAGGAGGAGAUAUUUGGCGGACGAGAUCGAAAAACUCGGAAAGAACAACAUCUCAACCGAUAUUUUCACAUUUAACGAGCUAUCGGCCGCCACUCAAAACUUCAAACUCGAUACUUUGAUCGGUGAAGGUGGCUUUGGGAGGGUGCACAAGGGCCACCUAGAGAAUAAAAACAUUGAUGUUGCAGUAAAGCAACUUGACAGGAAUGGUUUCCAAGGGAAUCGAGAAUUUCUCGUCGAAGUUCUUAUGUUGAGCCUUCUUCACCAUCCGAAUCUCGUAAAUCUAAUCGGAUAUUGUGCCGAGGGAGAGCAGAGAAUAUUAGUCUAUGAGUACAUGGCCAAUGGCUCCUUAGAAAAUCACCUCUUAAAUAUAGACUCGGAUAGAAAGCCACUCGACUGGCAAACCCGGAUGAAAAUUGCUCAAGGCGCAGCAAAAGGGCUCGAGUACUUGCACGAAACAGCUAAUCCUCCGGUAGUUUACCGAGAUUUCAAAGCUUCAAACAUACUCUUAGACGAAAAAUUCAACCCCAAACUUUCCGAUUUCGGGCUAGCCAAGCUAUGUCCUAGUAACGAUGUAAAAAACUAUGUUUCGACACGAGUAAUGGGAACUUACGGGUACUGUGCACCCGAAUAUGCAGCCACCGGACAACUCACCACCAAAUCCGACGUGUACAGUUUUGGGGUCGUUUUUCUAGAAAUGAUCACCGGUAGAAGAGUUAUCGACAAUACGAAACCAAGUGAGGAGCAGAACUUAAUCGAAUGGGCACAACCUUUAUUCAAGGAUAAGAAAAAGUUCCAUAUGAUGGCUGAUCCGUUGCUCGGAAGGAAUUAUCCAGAAAAAGCGCUUUACCAAGCGCUGGCUAUUGCUGCAAUGUGCCUGCAAGAAGAAGCCGAUACUCGGCCAUUGAUAACCGAUGUUGUGACAGCACUGCAAUUUUUAACUGUUGGCAAGGAGAAUGAAGGAGAAGAUAAUAAUGGUGAUAAAUAAGGUGGAGGGAGCUAUGGGUUUUCCAAAUUAAUAUGGUGCUUGCUGCUACAAAUGUUGAAUAUACACUAAACUGCACAGUGCACAUAUUUUUUAUUUUUUAUUUUUUGGCAGCAGUAUGUAAAUGUAAAGCCAUUGUAUGGAGAAAAAAAUAGAUAAUUCAAGAUUGAUUAUUUCAUAUUGUGAAUAGAAUUU